GGCCCUGGAACCGGCUCCGGGCGGGCGGCGGCCUUUGUUCCGCGGCCGCGGCUGAAGCGGCCGGCUGAGCCAGGGGCACCCCGGCGCGGGCCAGACGCCGCUGGGAGGCGGGGGUGGGGGCUGGGCUGUCCCUUUGGUCCGCGUGCGGCGCUCCCGGGGCCGCGCGCAGCCCGGGGCGGGUGGGGAGCCGGGGUUUCGGGAAACAGGGUUCGCUCUGGGGUACCAGGGAGGGCUGCCUGGGGAUGCGGGCUUCCGGGCCCUUCCCGGGGUGGCCGGGCCUCGGAGCUGCGUGGCUUUUAAGAGCCGCCCCUUCCCCCUCCUUGGGCACCGUGGGCGGUGACUCCUCCAGUCGCCAGACCGGGGACGCGGCCUUCGUGAGCUCCCCUCACCCAAGUUGGAGGGAGGGCUCCCCUUGUUCUGAGAAAGGUGGCAGGGAUCCCUCUCCGUGAACCAAUAAAAGGACCUGUAGGCGGCUGGAAGCGCAGCCCCAGACCGUCAAGCACCUGCUGUUUGCGUCCCCCGCCCCGACUGGUGGAAGAUGCUUUUGUUUCUGAGCCAGCUUCCACGGCUCCCUCCCCUUUGCUUCAGGACCCUGGCAGAAGGAAGGCAGGCGGGACACCUGCCACGUGUUGAACGCCUGCCAGGUGGUGGGGGGUGUACAAGCAGGUCGUGGGCCUCUGCUGUCGCCGCUGUGGGAGGAGUGAGGGAAGUGAGCAGGAAAGAGCUGGCAACUCGUCCGGGACAAGGUCAGGUUCUAGUGUCUGAAGAGUGCUGGCGGUCCUCCAGCGUGGACUGUGAUUGGUUGGGGUCCCAUAAUGUCAAGCAUGAAACAGUGGGAGUACAGGCAGCAUCUCCUAGGGACCUGUGUGUGUUCCCCUUCACUGUGGCUGUGUGUGAUGUCACGCCCUCGUUCCUGCGGGUUUUCAGUUUUCGUUUAGGAAACCCGAAUCCUAGUUCCGUGCGUGAAGAGGCCUCUGGCUAGGAACCACCUGUCCUCAUUUAAUUCCAGCUCGCUUGUGUGCUCACGUCUUCGUUUUAAAUCUAAAGACUGAGGCUGGUCUCUGUGCGUCUAGUCCUUUGUUAGUGUAACAGGCGCCUCUGCAGCGCAUGCUGGGUGUCUGUCCUGGCCACUCAGCUGGGCGUGAGAGCCAGGCCCUCCCCUCCUGGGUGACAACUGGUGCCCCAGCCGUCACCCCAUUGCUUUCAUAGUUACAGGUGAUGAUGGUCGCAGAGAGAUGCAGGGGUCUGUGAGGGCAGAUGGUGGGGGUGCCUGAUUGAGCUGGGGGCGGGUCAGGGAGGGCUUGUCUGGGGAGGCAGCACGGAGCUGAGCCCUGGCAGUGGAGCUAGGAGGAGGGUCCAGGCAGCGCCGAACAGCCUGUGGGGAGGCUGGGAGCUGAACCAGGGCCAGCAUGGCUGGAGGGUCUCCGACCGUCAUCACCUCACCUGGUCCCCACCCGUCUGGGAGUCUCUCAGGGCCUCCGCCAAGUGGGACCGCACUCCAAGGCCCCAGCCCCGAGCACUGGGGUCUGGCAGUGGGGAAAGGCUCCAGACUGGGGCUGGACAGAUGGGAUUUCAGGUUUCCCACGGCUCCAAUGAGAAGUGAGGGCCCGAGACAGGAUUGGGGGGCAGGCAGGGUCCACUGCUUCUCCCAGGUCUCUGGUCUUUGUGACCUAUUUGGUCCCUGCCGGGUCGGAGGCGGGGGGGAUGUGAUGGAACCCACAGGGUUUUCUGGCAUGUGGGUCCUUGGCCUUCUCACCACCUGCUGCUGAGCCAGGUGUCUGGGGGUGGGGAGCACAGAUGGGUCUCCCCAGUUCUGUCCGUGCAGGGGGAGGGCAGAUCUUCGCCCUGCAGCCUAGGGUGUGCACCCCUGGUUUCCUGGUCCUGAGAGGGUCAGGGAGCCAGUGUGUUCUCCACAGGAGAGGCGGAGUGAGCUCAGACCAUCCUGGGGGGCUCACCCACACACCCCUCCAGCUUGGGGACCCGCCCCUCAGGAUUGGGAUGUGGGGGCAGAGCGUCUGGCAACAGCCACGCACUUUCUCCUGGCCUGACGUUUACAGCCCAGGCGAGAGGCUGAGGACUUGGAGGUUGGCAUCGUUCUUUGGGGCGCAUGGAGCAGAGGGGACUUUGCAGAGCUCGUCUUAUUUUUUAUCUAUUUUUUUGGCACACGGGCUUCGUUGCUCCGUGGCAUGUGGGAUCUUCCUGGAGCUGGGAUCGAACCCGUGACCUCUGCAUUGUCAGGCGGAUUCUUAACCACGGCGCCACCUCGGAAGCCCAGAGCUCAUCUUAAAGGUGGAAGCACACUGAAGAAAGCAGGAGGUGCUCAGCAGGUUGCCCCCCAGCCCCUCCCUGGGCACGGGCUCAGCUUGGCCAGAACCAGCUGCAUCUUGCUGUUCGGGCCUCACUGGGUGCCUUGGGUUACAAGCCUUACAGGCCCGGGGGUGAUGCCCGCUCGUCACCCCUCCUCCGGCCUUGUGUCCGUCUGGCCCUGGGCGCCACACUGGGGGUGGGCUGCCAGCCCCACGGUGCCCAGCAGCUUCAGGGCUCCCCCCCAAGUCAGCCCAGGGCUGCCCGUCUGCCCCCUGGGGUCGUCCUGUUUUCCUUGAAAGGCCACGGGGUUCAUCUCUGUUCUAUACAUGUGCUUUUACAAAUCCAGUGUUUUUCUCUCGUGGGACAAAACAUCUCAGACGUUUUUCUGUCCUGAUACAGAUUUGCAAAACCUGAUUUUAAAAUUGAGAUACAGAUCACAGUCUAUACGAUUCAGUCUUUAAAUAAAAGUGUCCAGUUUGACAGUUGUCAGGACAUUCUCACGGCCGUGCAGCCAUCACCACUCUCUAGUUUCCGAACGUUCUUGUCACCCCAAGGUGAGCCCUGGCUCCGUUGGCUCCCCAGAUGCUGGCUGUCCCCGUCCAUUCUGUCGUCAUUUUCGUGACCGCUUUAUUGAGAACAUCCCAUGACCCCAGAGAGAAGCCCCAGGCCCUGACAACCAGGAACCCACUCUCUGUCUCUGGAGCUGCCUGUUCUGGACGUUUCCCAUCCGUGGAGUCACACCCUGUGUGUCCUUCUGUGUCUGCGUCUCUCCCUGAGCAUCGUGUCCUCAGGGUCCGUCCACGUGGCACCCGAGCGGGAAGAAGUUCCGGAGCAAGCCGCAGCUGGCACGCUACCUGGGCGGGUCCAUGGACCUGAGCACCUUCGACUUCCGCACGGGCAGGAUGCUGAUGGGCAGGGUGAACAAGGGCCGGCAGCGCGUGCGCUACGACUCCCCGGGCCAGGUCAAGGGCAAGCCCGACCUGAACACGGCCCUCCCGGUCCGGCAGACGGCGUCCAUCUUCAAGCAGCCCGUGACCAAGAUCACGAACCACCCCAGCAACAAGGUGAAGAGCGACCCCCAGAAGGCCGUGGAGCAGCCCCGCCAGCUCUUUUGGGAGAAGAAGCUGAGCGGCCUGAAUGCCUUUGACAUCGCGGAGGAGCUGGUGAAGACCAUGGACCUCCCCAAGGGCUUGCAAGGCGUGGGUCCUGGCUGCACGGACGAGACGCUCUUGUCGGCCAUCGCCAGCGCCCUGCACACCAGCACCAUGCCCAUCACCGGGCAGCUCUCGGCCGCCGUCGAGAAGAACCCCGGCGUGUGGCUCAACACGGCUCAGCCGCUCUGCAAGGCCUUCAUGGUGACCGACGAGGACAUCAGGAAGCAGGAGGAGCUGGUGCAGCAGGUCCGCAAGCGGCUGGAGGAGGCGCUGAUGGCCGACAUGCUGGCACACGUGGAGGAGCUGGCCCGGGACGGUGAGGCGCCGCUGGACAGGGUGGGCGCCGACGAGGACGAGGAGGACGAGGAGGACGAGGAGGAGGAGCCCGACCAGGACCAGGAGAUGGAGCACAUGUAGAGCAGGUGCUGGCCGGCCCGGCCCCGCACGUGGGCGCCGGACACGGGGGGAGGGGUGCCCGGGUCCCUGGCACCUGCCUCGGGCCAGCGGCAGCCGUGCUGGGCCGGGCACCCCCGAGGGCGCCUGUCUCCGUGGAGCACGGCCCGCUGGGCGCUGACGGCGCCCUCUCUGUCUGCAGGGGCCCAGCCCGCCUGCCCUCCCGCCCUCCCCCUCGUGGGGCCACCUGCAGACUCGGCCAAGGCGUGUCCCCUCUCCCGGGCCGCAGGGACACAGUUGAGGGACGGCCCCUCGCCCGACGGACGCCCCAAGUCUGCUCUUCCUUGGGGUCGUGGCUCUGUGCCAGACUCGGCCAGCCUGGUCCCCGCGGCCGCUGCCCUGGGGUCCCGCACAGGACAGCUGCCUCUGGGCCGCCUGCGAGGCUCCCCGCGGGGCUGGAGAAGCGUGUGUGGAACCGGCUCUCUCCCGAUCUGCACACGUGAGGGCCGGUGUCCUGGGCCACGUGUCAGCCCUUCCAGAGGGGGUGCGGACGGCUCCCCCGGGCCCCCCGGCGGGCGCAGUGCACCCGCGAGCACGGCACAAGCUGGGCGUCUUCCUCCAGUACAGCCUGCGGUACUCGGGCCGGGCGUCCACGGAGCUCCCUCACCUCUGUCUGCUGCACGUGCACAGGACCGCAGGACUCGGCGUCUGAAGAGCUCGCCAUCUGUGGCCUGGCCCAGCCCGACGGCGGGCACCUCAGACAGAACUAACUGCCCACGGCCGGGUCGGGCCAGGCCCCCGGGCAGGACCGCCAUCUCCUGUCCUCCAGGCCUCGGUCUCGCCUCGUAGAGCAGGGACAGGGAUGCUGAGCCGCGGGCGUGGGGCCUCCCGCCGCCUGGGGCCUCCGUGUCCCCGUCCCAGGCGCAUUUCCUGGCCCGGCCCGGGCAGCGGCCUCUGGAGCAGGGGAUUUGGAGGUGGUCAGAGUCGUGCGGUCCCUCCCUGCAGCCCGCGUGCCCCGGCCGGGGGAACGUCUGCUGCCUCGAGUGGGCCCCAGGCCAGCCCCUGCUCCUCCGCCCGAGGAACGCUCUUGGGGUGGGCCCCAGUCCCUCCAUCAGCCUGGAGACGCGAACCAUGGGCCGGGCAGCCGCAGGGACCAUCAGCCCUGUCCCAGCCCUGCCACAGCCUGCGGUCGUGACUGUCGGGAGGGGCCCAGGUCGCUGCCUCUUUGGCCUCCUGUGACACCUUGGGCCGCGGGGGCCUGCCAGGCAGCGUGAUGGUGGCAGUGGGAGCCCCUUGGGUCUGGGACUCACUGCGCACUCCCUCCAAGGACACUGGCCUGGGAGGUCGGGCUGAUGGUGUCCUUCCAAGUCCAGUCAAAGCACAAAGCCCCGAGGACCGUGGACGCUGUGCUGCAGAGGUCGCGGGACCGCUGCCUGGGGCCAGGCCGUCGUGGCCCCAGGGAGGCCCCUCUGCGGAGGCCAGGCCCUGAGGGGAGCCCAGGCAGGGCCGCAGGAGGCUCCUGUGGGCGGCGUUGAAUAAAGCGUGUCGGGCGAGCGUG